GCCCUGUGCGCGCUCGCGUGCGCCCGCGCGGCCGCGAGCGCGCACGACGCGCUCCCGCGAGCGACGCUCGAGGCCAUUCGCUCGGGCGCGGCCGAUGACGCGAUUCGUCGCGCCUUUAUCGGUGAACGCGCCCCGGGAGCGAUGAUCGUCACGAACGUGAACGCGCGGUACGUCGAGGCGCGACGAGAGGGGUUGACGCGACUGGCGACGUGCGCGAGAGCGACGGAGGCGGCGGAGGCGAACGGGUUGGCGCGGAGCGCGGCGUGGGAAGACGAACACGGCGGAGCGACGCGAGCGUCCAUGGCGGCGUUGGCGCGAGAACGGUUGCGCGUGGAUGUGGAUGAUGCGUGUGAUCGAACUGGGAGGAUGCGAGGGGAUUUGGAGACGCUUCGCGACGGCGCGGACGUCGUCUCGCGUGAGACGCUGCGGCGGUUGGACGCGGCGUUUCACAACGCCACGGGAGGGUUUUUUGAGCGAAGCGCGCGAUCUGAAAUGAGUUUGGAUCACUUCCACGCGUACCGAGCGCCGAGUACGGCGCACGAUGCGGAUGAUGUGGAAGGUAAGCACGCGCACACGGAUGUGGGCGUCGCCAUCGUGAUGACGCCCGCGUUGAUUCUCGGCGAGAAGCGCGCCGCGGGUGGAUCCAGAGGGUUGUUCGUCGGCGAUAUCGAGCCCGACCUUCCGGACGACGGGAUGGUUGUCAUGCUCGGCGAGGCCGCGCGCGCGUGGGCUCCGGGAUUGAGUCCCGAACUCAGGCGGCUCAUCAAGGUGCCUACGCACGCGAUGAAACUCACGGGCGAGCGCGCGUGGUUCGGAAGAAUGGUGCUCCCACAAAAGGAUCACGUACACCCGACGAUUGAUAUGUCGUUCGGGACGUGGCACACCGGGGCGAUGAAGGUCGCGAUGAGCUCCAACGCCGAAGCGGAAAGCGCGCGUUGGGCCGCCGUCGCAUGUCCGUCACCUGCACACGAGGAAAGCGCUGCAUCCGACAGUUUAGUCACCCAGACAUCGCGACGAAGACUCCUCGCCGACGAAGGCUCGUGCACGGCUCUCGGGCAAAAGUAUUGUUGGCACGCGUGCCAGGAUCUACCGGCUGAGUGCAACGACACGUCGCUCGUGCAGUGCGUGGAUCAAACAAACGGGCAAUUGGUGUCGGGAGACCAACACAACGCCGUGCUGCGCUGCCCGGCAUCGAAUGCAGAAGGGUUUUGCAACACGGCCAUCACGCCGACGACGAUGUACAUGGACGGAUUCACGCUCAGCACGAAAAAUACCUUCAAGCCGUGCGUCGCGCUGUUAUUCAAGGGAUGGUCCCUGCGCACGCCGGCGCUGUUGGCCCUCGGCUUCUUCGCCACGGUAUGCAUGGGAAUGUCCAUCGAGGCGCUGGCAUCGCUCCGUCGCAAUUUACAGAACCCAGGAUUCUGCAACUGCCACAACAUUCCCUCCACGAGGUCCCGAGCGUACGCCACGUCGGUGUACGCCGUGCAGAUAACCUUCGGCUACCUCCUCAUGCUCGUCUCGAUGACGUAUCACGUCGCGCUCUUCUGCGCCGUCAUCGUCGGUCUCAUCCUCGGCCACGUCGUCUUCGGCGCCAACGCCCCCGUCGCGGCGAACACGACGGCGUGCUGCGCGCACGCGUCGCCCAGCGACAAGGACGCGUGUCCGAUGUGCGGUCCGUCCGCCGGCGACCUCGACGACCUCCCACCGUGCUGCGCCGCGCGCGCCACGGCGCCAUCCGACUCCCCGAACGGUUCUUCCUCCGGAGAUUCCAUCAACAAGCCCCUGAACGACCGCGAUCUCGAGCGCGGACGAUCGUGA